CCCCGGGAGCUUUUCUAUACUCAUAUAUCCACUUCCAUACCAAUGUGGGAUGUGAAUUAAUUCCUUUGACUUUCCAGUUUACCUUCAUCAUGGCUACAGAGGCUACGCCAGCAAGCUCCGAAGCUCGCGAGUUGAGCUUGAUAUCCAAGGUUGAGCUUAGGAUUGCCCUGGCGGACACCGAUGCCAAACUUGAGCCCCUUCUCAAUACCUACCUGGCACCAUUAUUGCUCAAGUUGGGUUCUGAAAAUCUUGCUGUUCGCAAUAAAGUAAUUGCAGUGUGCCAGCAUGUCAACACUAGAGUCCAAGCCCCGUCCAUUAAGCUGCCCGUGGCGGCUUUGCUCAAGCAGUUCAAAGAGCAGAAGUCCCAGCUUAUCCGACAUUUCGAUCUGAUAUAUAUCCAACAAAGUAUUGAUCGUCUGGGCUCAGACGCAAGAGUCGAGGUCCUGCUUCCCCUGCUCCAGGGCAUUUCCGAGAUCGGAACAUUUGGCAACCAAGCUGCCGUGGUAUUUAAUCUUGUCCUGCGGCUCCUACCCUUGCUCAAGUUACCGCCCAAGGAUAGCGACGAUGAUGUGCAUUUGAAGUCUCGAUUAGGUUUGUCCGACCGAGACACAAGGUUUCUGUCGGCAUGGUUCGAGAAAUUGCUGCUUCUGUUCCCCGCAGAUAAGAGUUCGCCGACCUGCCCCGGGUUGUCUCCUGCAGAUUACAUAUUCUUGAACAAGGGUGCACCUGUAAACGAGACAUGGAACCCAUCUUCACAGGGUGGCCUGAAUUUGACUGAGACAAAAGUCAAAGCCCUGAGAUUUCUCGCGAGUGGAGCUUUCAGUCACACAGAGCGGUUCUUACCUGCUCUAAUUGCUUCUGCAGAUGCGAAUUCUCGCCUUUCCGAUAUUGGGGAAGAGCUUCUCAAGAGAUUCGUCCCCGACUUGGAGGCGCCAGAUGUUGUACAGCAGCUCUAUGGCUUGUACUUUGGAGCUGCAACGCCUGACGGUGCACCGCCGGCGCGACCUGCUCUGCAGACCAGAAUUCUGACCUUUCUCGGGAAAUCAAUUAGAGCAAUAGGGGAUAGAUGGAGAGUUAUCCGGGUGAUCGAAGAAGGCCUUUUGUCAGAUGCUGCAAGGUCUUUCAAGGGAUUGCAGGCCCCAAAAUUGAGAACACAAAUAUUCAACUUUACCACCUGGGUCGUUAGAAUGGGUUCUCCAUCUGAUCUUGAAGAAAUGGCACCUAAGCUUAUAACAGGCUUACGGGACUUCAUCCAGUCUCAAGGAUGGCCGAGCCCCGGGGCUAGCGGGCAGAAGCUUCCAUCUACGGACCUGAGUCUACGGGGUCUUGCAUACGAAAGUAUCGGUAUUAUGGUUCCCAAGGCGAACUUUGCGGUGUAUGAUGGGCAGGAAAGCCUCUCUGGCUUCGAACUUAUUCAAUGGCUAUUCACUUCAUUAAACUCCGAUGACUCGAGCUCUCAGAUCUUUGUGAGUAUUGAACAGGCCUUAGGAAGUAUCCUCAACUCCUCGAUAGAUAGUUGGGACAACGAUUUCCACGAUCAAUUGCGGCCUUUCCUCGUUCGGCAGAUGAACAAUUACCCGGGAGGAGAGGAUUUAAUGACCGGGUUCAAUGUUGUUCGCGGUCCCCAGUACGCUGCCGUACGUUUUGCGAACAGGUUUUUACCAUACAAUGAUGUUGUUGCACGCUGGAUUGACCUCAUGGCAAUUGCAAGCGGGUCAGAAAACCGUCAGGAAGUAACGGAAGAAGGGAGAAAAGGCCUGCAUCCAUUUUGGCACCGGCUUCUGCGUCCUUCUUACGACAGACAGCCGGCUACUUUGGCAUCUAGGGACUCUACAUGGCAUGAUUUCCCAAAGUUUUCGGAACUCUCUCGUUUUCUACUUGGCUCGGCAACCUCAAAUGGAGUGUCAGGUUUGUCUGCCUCGGAAAUUAUAUCGGGAUCCUACAGGAAUGCUUUUGCUUCCACGGUUUCGUUCAUUCGGAGUGUAUUGCUCUGGGAGUCACUUUCCGCUUCUGAUACCGGUAUUGAAAUAGACCAAGACUGGGACACGAAGCUUGAUGUGAUGCUUACAUCCGAUGAGCAAGCACGAUCGUCCUUGAAACGGUACAUUCGAAUUGCCGAUAAAGAAGCCAUUGUUCUCUUUCUAAACAGUGCUUUGGCUGGCCUCGCCCGUGAGAGCCGGGAGGGCCUGCAACAAUGCGGAGUGCAUUUUGUCAAUAUUUGCUCUUUGGCCUCAAAUGAAAUUGUCGAGUCGGUCGUUCCACAGACGCUGGUGCUGAGAACUUCGUUGAAGAGCAACGACCAAGAUAUUCAGACUAUGGCCGCACGUGCAAUUGGAAUUCUAGCAUCCCAUCCUUCCCUUCCUGAGAACGACCUCAUGACACUGAUCGCAGAGUGCUUGGAUCGCAUAGCGUCAUGGAACUCCGCAAUCGGGGAAGUUGCACUGCAGGUUCGAGGGGCAGUGUUGGCACUGUCGUAUAUGUUGAGCAGGCUUGCUUUCCGCAACAUGACAAUCAAAGUGGCUAAUGCACAUGUGGAUCAGUUUGUCCAUACUAUUUGUGAAAUGCUCGAAAGCGCGCGCGAUUCACUUCUUCGGCGUUCUGCACAGGUAGCAAUUGGGCAGCUCAGUCUCUCUGGAAUCUUGUCAUAUUCUAUGCUUUCGGAUGUUAAAUGGAAACCGAUCCGAGAAGCCCUGGUACGGGAUGCGAAGGCCGAAAGCGAAACGGCUAUAAUAUCAUUGGGACAUCUAUCCCUCACUUUCCCCGAGUAUGGCUCUGAUGAUUCACAUUUCAGUGCCCUCACAGGUGCCCUCUAUGCUCUACAUGAGAUUCGCAGCCCUGAAAUACAUUUCACCGUCGGCGAAGCACUGAGCAAUGCUGCAGCGGGCUGGAAUUCUAAAUCAUUGGGCCCCGAAUUUGAUGUGGAUGAAGAGUCUCCUGUUUCGAAGGUACCGGAAUCCGUGGUUGCUGAUGUGGCCGACACGAUAAUAGCAAAUUGCGGUGCACCGAAACCGUCCCUCAAAAGGGCAUCUGCUAUUUGGCUGCUGAGUCUGAUCAAAAAUUGUGGCCAUUUACACCCAAUGCAAGCACGCCUGCGUAAAUGUCAGAGCUCAUUCAGCAACUUGCUUGUUGACCGGGAUGAGGUGGUCCAGGAGACCGGUGCACAGGGAUUGAGUAUUGUAUACAGCAUGGGUGACCAAGGACUGAAGGAUGAUUUGGUACGCGACCUAGUCAACUCAUUCACCGAGAACAGUUCAACCCUCGCAGGUGGCAAGGUUAGCCAAAACACCGAGUUGUUCGAGCCUGGGGCCCUCCCAACUGGGGGCGGUUCCUCAGUCAAUACCUACAAAGACAUAAUGAACCUUGCAUCCGAAGCCGGUGACCCAACCCUUGUGUAUCGCUUCAUGUCUUUGGCUUCGAACAAUGCCAUUUGGACGAGCCGGGCCGCAUUUAGCAAGAUGGGCAUCAGCAGUAUCUUUUCUGACUCUAGUGUCGACGGUUAUCUGGCGAAGAAUCCCAAGAUCUAUCCCAAGCUAUUCCGCUACCGGUUCGACCCGAAUCCCAAUGUCCAGCGGUCGAUGAAUACCAUUUGGCGGUCCUUGGUCAAAAAUCCUAUGGAAGUGAUCGAGGUUCAUUUUGAUGAGAUCAUGAAUGACUUGUUGAAGAGCAUGUUGGCCGGUCGGGAAUGGAGAGUUAGGCAGGCAAGUUGUACUGCAAUCGCGGACCUGCUUCAGGGACGCCAACCCGAGAAAUACGCCACGUACAUGGACGAAAUCUUUACCAAAGCCUUUAAGCUCUUGGAUGAUAUCAAGGAGACCGUCCGAGUGUCAGCAUUGAAGCUUUGCCAGACCAUCACCAACGCUAUCAUUCGCACGCUGGAGACAAGUGACACGGACACCAAGCGGGCCGAUACUAUGCUUCGAAGUGCCAUCCCAUUUCUGUUGAGUGACAAGGGCAUGGAAUCCGGAGUUGAAGAGGUCCAAGGAUUUGCCAUUGGGGCUUUGAUCCAAAUGAUCAGGAAAAGCCCUGGUAGUCCACUGCGACAAUUCAUACCCCGCAUAAUGGAGCAGUUUCUAAAUUCCCUGAGUUCCCUGGAACCUCAAGCGGUCAACUAUGUUCACCUCAACGCCGAUAAGUAUGGACUGACAGGCCAGGAAAUCGACAAGAUGAGACUGUCUAGCAUUCGCACCUCUCCUAUGAUGGAGGUCAUUGAAAGAUACCUCGUCGAUAUGUUGGAUGAGCAGAGCAUGAAGGAAUUCGCGGCCCAGCUUGAAGGCGUGUUGCGCUCGGCUGUUGGGCUUCCAUCGAAGGUCGGCUGUAGCCGUGUUUUGGUUCUCCUGAGUAUGCGAUCCAUGCUUUUCCGUCCUUAUGCAGAUCGUUUCAUACAGCUCCUCGGGAAAUACGUGGUCGAUCGCAACGACACUGUCAGUGCAUCGUACUGUACAUCCAUAGGCUACCUCCUUCGUUUGGCCUCGGAUGGCCGAGUCCUGAAAACAAUCGAACACGCCAAAGAGCUAUACUUGACCGCCGAGGACACCAACCAGCGGGCCAUUUCGGCAGAAAUCUUACAAGCUGCUUCGAAGUUAUCCAACGACCGGUUCAUGGCAUUUGCUACGACUGUGCUACCGUUCAUCUUCGUAUCGAAGAGUGACUUGGACGAGCAUGUUAGAGAGGUGUUUGAGAAGACAUGGCAAGAUAAUGUUGGUGGCAACCGCACAGUAUCCCUCUACAUCAGGGAAAUCACGGACCUUGUCUCCAACAAUUUAGAUUCAGCUCGUUGGGCUAUCAAGCAUACGGCAGCUCUGGGGCUUGCAAAGGCUAUCAUGUCGCUGGACUCUGAGAUUGAUCUCCCAACUAGUGAGUAUAUAUGGCCUGUACUGGAGAAAGCUUUGGCCGGAAAAACGUGGGACGGCAAAGAGGUUGUCCUAGAAGCCUUCACGAAAUUUUCAAGCCAGGCGAAGAGAUUGUGGCAAGAGAAACCAACGUUCAGUGAGACAAUGAAGACUAUUGCCAUCAGGGAAGCGAAGCGGAAUAAUCCCACAUAUCGCCCGCAUGCGCUUAUUGCUCUCGGGGGAGUGUCUCAAGCACGCAAAGACCUAGAGCUCCUGCCAGAUGCCAUGAGCAUUGUCACCCGAGUGCUAGAUGAGGCCGAAGACCAAGGGGAACCGAUGGAUGUAGAUUCAGGAAAGGGCCAAAAACCCAAACAGACCCUGGAUGACACGUUGGCGGCUUGUGUGACAUGCCUUUUACAAUGCCUCAGUCCUACAUCGCAUACUUCGGCAAAGACCAUCCACGGACAUCUGGAAACGUCGAGGCCGGUGUUGCACAGGGCGGUGGGCCAUGGGGGUAGAAACGUGCAGGUUACGCUGUACCGACAGCUGCGCGCACUAUUUGACCAAAUCGGGACGUGGGCAUCGGAACGGAGUGGCGAAUCCGAUCUACGCGGGCCCCAGGAACCCUUGGCGGCGCUAGCCGGUGAGAUGUUCUCCCAGGAGAUAGACCUCUCCGUCGAAGCCAUUCGCAAUGAGCGUGCCCAGGCAGUAGUCGCCUAUGUCGAGCUCUGCGGGCAGGCUGGCCUUCCGAUCGACGAGGCACUCCAGCUCUCGCUGAAGAGCUGGCGGGAAGACGAGAGGUCGGGACCAGUACGACAGAUCCUAGAUCGGGCACUCGUCAAGCUGCGAUGACUCCUGUGACAUGGAUUCAUAUGCGGGGAAGAAUGUCUCAGGUCGGAAAAUUGAUCAUGGGACGACUAGCGUCGGUACGGCAUGGAUCCGAAGCAUGCAUGUAGCCAACUCGCCAUGUAU